AAAUAUUCUCGUAUUCCAUUUCCACCAAGGCGUCAACCCUCUGCAAGUAGUGUAGAGAGAGAAAUUUACAGCUAGAAGCCAAAAUCCAUCUCAGAGAGGUCUUCCGGCGAACAAGAAACCCUAGGAUUAGUUAAUUUUCUUUGUCGAUUAUUACUAUCAAUUUUCCUUGAUUGUAUCUUACAUUAUCAAGAUCUUACUUCGUAAUUAUCCAAGGUACUAGCCUCCCCAGCUAUGGAAAACUCCAAGGGAUCAUCUACUGUUAGAAACAUGAUGUACAAUGGGAAGAAUCCGUUAUUGCCUCCUAAAAGUCCAUUUCCUAGCAUAUCUCCAUCAUAUGCAGAAUAUAUUCCUACUUCAGUGAUUGGUUCGAAAGCUCUUCCAAAACCCAGAGACGGAAGUCCACAUCAUCAGCGUACUUCUUCUGAAAGUUUUUUGAUAGAGGAACAACCGUCUUGGCUAGAUGAACUCCUUGAUGAACCUGAAACGCCUGUGCGUAAAGGAGGUCAUCGUCGCUCGUCGAGUGAUUCUUUUGCAUAUAUUGAUACAGCUAAUGCUGGAAGCAUGAACUAUGGAGCUCAAGAUGAUAUCAAGUUCAAGAAUAUGAUUCCAUUCCCUUCAUGGGGAUCUCAAGACUUUGAUUUUCAUAGGGAUAUGCGGCAAAGUUCUUUUUAUUUGGAUCCAACCCUUUCUGGCAGAACAAAGAGCAAGCCAUGGGAUGCACCUGUAAAUUCGAUUGCACCUCCUCGUGGCCUUCCUUCUAGGGAUGUUGCCACCAUCCAGAAUGCUGGAUCAGUGAACUCCUCACUGGAUGUUGAUAGAAAUCCAACUUCUUCUGCUCAAAAGUCAGAUGUUGAAUCUUUUUCUCAAGAUCCAAAAGGCUCCUUUGAGAAAAAAGACACUCACGUGAAGAAUCUGGCAUCAGAUACAGAUACAAAACGAGCCAAGCAGCAAUUUGCUCAACGUUCACGCGUCCGAAAGCUUCAAUACAUAGCUGAACUCGAAAGACACGUUCAAUCUCUACAGUUGCAGGCAGAAGGCUCUGAAAUUUCUGCUGAGCUUGAAUUUCUCAACCAGCAAAACCUUAUUCUCAGCAUGGAAAAUAAAUCCAUGAAGCAACGUUUGGACAGUUUAUCUCAGGAGCAGCUAAUCAAAUAUUUCGAACAUGAGGUAUUGGAGAGAGAAGCAGGAAGACUGCGAGGCCUAUAUCAGCAGCAGCAGAAACCGCCACAACCACAGCAGCAGAUAUCUUCUAGCCAUCGACGUGCCAAGAGUAGAGACCUCGAUCAACAGUUAGCUAAUCUUUCCCUGAAACUCAAGGAAACAAGUUCUGGUCAGGAUUCUCUCUCUGGCCAGCUUCAUAUGUAGAGUACUGUUUCUCGACUUAUUAUUGUGUUUCCAAGUGCUAACCAGCCCUCUCAACUGACGAUGCAUGCUGAUGACCAAAAUCACUCCCCUUACAUGGGAAGAAAGCCAGACUGGUCAUGCGGUGCUAUGCUACAACGCACCUGUUUGCGUUGCUUGUGUUCCUGUUUUCCCUUAUAUUCCUUGUUUUCAAAUGUAAGUGACCAUUGUCUCUCCUAAGGUUAGUGGCAUGUGCGCCUGGUAGUCCUCGCUCGAAAUUAGGAGUUCUGGCGGACGACUCACCCGAGGUGGUUAUCACCCGAAAAUGCUAGGUUUUAUUGUACCCUAAGUGAUUAAUCUGUCUUCCCAUUUCUGUUGCCUCCUGCAAGUUGGUUGUUAGUACUUGCUAGCAAUUUGGUAUGUGACAUGUCACAAUCAAUUCUUCAUUUAUGCAGUUACCGUUGCAUGUA